UGUUUCGCGGCGGGGGUGUCUGCGAUAAAUGAAGGAAUAAAAUAGAUCACCAUCGACCAUUUUCUACCCAAGCGGGGAAUACCCCGGGACUCUUUUUGACAAAGGUUUCGAGAGAAUGGCGGCUAACAUGUACCGAGUGGGAGAUUACGUGUACUUUGAGAACUCCUCCAGCAACCCUUACCUGAUCCGCAGAAUCGAAGAGCUCAACAAGACAGCCAAUGGAAAUGUGGAGGCAAAGGUGGUGUGCCUGUUCAGGAGGCGAGACAUCUCUGGCAACCUCAACACUCUGGCUGACAGCAAUGCACGAGAAUUUGAAGAGGAGUCAAAGCAGCCAGUGCUGUCAACAGAACAACAGAAACACCAACUCAAGCACAGAGAGCUCUUCUUGUCUCGACAGUUUGAAUCUCUACCUGCUACCCACAUACGAGGGAAAUGUAAUGUCACCCUCCUGAAUGAAACAGAUGUUUUGGUUGGCUACCUGGAGAAGGAGGAUUGUUUCUUCUACUCGUUGGUGUUCGACCCUCUCCAGAAGACUCUGUUGGCAGAUCAGGGCGAGAUCCGUGUGGGCUCCAAGUACCAGGCAGAGAUCCCUGACAAGCUCGCUGAGGGUGAAUCCGAUAACCGGAUGCAGGAGAAGCUGGAGACCAAGGUGUGGGACCCUAACAACCAGCUCAAAGACCCCCAGAUCGACCAGUUUCUGGUGGUGGCAAGAGCUGUGGGGACGUUUGCUCGGGCCCUGGACUGCAGCAGCUCCAUCCGCCAGCCCAGCCUCCAUAUGAGUGCAGCAGCAGCCUCCAGAGAUAUCACACUGUUCCAUGCAAUGGACACGCUGCAGAAGAACAGCUAUGACCUGGCCAAAGCCAUGUCCACCCUCGUCCCUCAGGGAGGUCCAGUGCUCUGCCGUGAUGAGAUGGAGGAAUGGAGUGCCUCAGAGGCCAUGUUGUUUGAGGAGGCUCUGGAGAAAUACGGGAAAGACUUCAACGACAUUCGUCAGGACUUUUUACCCUGGAAGUCUCUAGCCAGUGUGGUCCAGUUCUAUUACAUGUGGAAGACUACUGACCGCUACAUCCAACAGAAACGACUAAAGGCAGCAGAGGCAGAUAGCAAGCUGAAGCAGGUGUACAUCCCCACCUACACCAAACCCAACCCCAACCAGAUCAUGGCUCCUGGAAGCAAGCCUGGUAUGAACGGGGCCACUGGUUUUCAGAAAGGACUCAGCUGUGAGAGCUGCCACACGGCCCAGUCUGCUCAGUGGUAUGCUUGGGGGCCUCCCAACAUGCAGUGCAGACUUUGUGCCUCCUGCUGGAUCUACUGGAAGAAGUAUGGGGGCCUGAAGACCCCCACACAGCUAGAGGGCGCUGCCAGGGGUGGCUCUGAGUCAGGCCCCCGUGGGCACAUGACACGCCAGGAGGUCCAGGGCCUGUCACCAUUCACCCGCAAUGAGGGUCGAGCAAAGCUGCUGGCUAAAAACCGCCAGACGUUCAUCCUGCAGACCACCAAGCUGACCCGCAUCGCUCGGCGGGUGUGUGAGGACAUCCUGCAGCCUCGCCGCGCUGCACGGCGACCCUACGCCUCCAUCAACUCCAACGCAGUCAAGGCCGAGUGUAUGAUCAGGCUUCCCAAAGCACCAAAAACACCUCUAAAGACCAAGGUGGUGCCUCGACCGUCACUGGCCACUAUAGUGAAGGAUUUAGCCAUCUCGGCUCCUCUGAAACUGAAGGCAUCCAGAGGACCCCCGACACCCAUCAACAGGAACCAGGCCAGCCAGCCUAGAGUGGGCCAAAGCCUCCUGGGAAAGAGGGGCUUUGACAGCGCUACAGGAGUGCCCUACCCAGCCAAUGGGAGGCCGUAUACGUCAGGUAUGAGGACCACCUCCCAAUCGGUCAUCAAGCGGCAGAAGGUCAGCCAGGGCGAAGCUCCCAACCCUGUGGUGUUUGUGGCUACAAAGGACACUAGGGCUCUGAGGAAACAUCUGACCCAGUCAGAGAUGCGUCGGGCAGCAAGAAAACCUCAUCUGCUGGUCCGGAUCAAGCUGCCGCCACCCCCUCGUUCCCUGGCCAUGCCCCUGCUUCCCUCCAGCACCAGCGAACCCAUCGUCCUGGAGGACUGAAGGGGAUGAUGGAAGGGGCAGGGUUCUUUUAACAGGACAAA